CCCUUCAUUUAAUUCUUCAAUUGCUUCCUCAGAAGAUGCUUUGAAGAGAUGAAAAUGGCGGGUUUUUACAGGCUGAUUGUUUUUCUGUCUUUUGUUGUCCUUGUUCAAUCUUCAUGUAAUAGUAAAGACAGAGGGCUUGUCUCCAAAGCGUUUCGCUCUGUCUCUGGAUUCAACAGUUCUUGGUUAGAUUCCCUGGAUUCGAACUGUUCGUAUCAUCUGAUUAAGGAGAUAAAGUUUUCGUCCAGGAAUCUGAGCGGGAUUCUUUCAUGGAUGUUUCUCCGGAACAUGUCGAAGUUGCGGAGGAUUGAUCUGUCCGACAAUUUUCUACAAGGCUCUGUUCCAGGUUGGUUGUGGUCCGUUCCAACCCUGGUCGAUGUCAACCUGUCCAAGAAUGGGUUUGGAGGGGCUGUUGGCUACGAACCCACAUCGGGAAAUGGUUCUGUUUCGUCGAUUCAGACGCUGAACCUCUCAUCCAACAGGUUCACCAACUCUGUUAAGCUUUCUGUUUUUUCAAAACUACAAUUUCUUGACCUUUCGCAUAAUGAUCUUGGUUUUCUUCCGUCUGGGUUCACCAAUCUCACCAAACUCAAAUACCUCGACAUUUCAAAUUGCAAGAUUUCGGGCAGCAUAAAGCCAAUUUCAGUUCUUCGCUCCCUCAAGCACUUAGACGUGUCCAACAAUUCCUUGAAUGGUACGUUUCCUUUUGAUUUUCCCCCAAUUAGUGGCCUCAGGUUCCUCAACAUUUCGCUCAACAACUUUACCGGUUGUGUUCGCUCUGACAAACUCAAUAGAUUUGGGAAAUCUGCUUUUGUACAAUGUGGAACAGGAGCUUCCGUCUUCAAUACUUCAAAUAGGCCUUCAAGUCCAAACAACCCCAUUAGUCCACACUCAAAUUCAAUACCCCCACCUCACAUAAUUGCCCCCAAACACGGACCCCUCCAAGAACACAACAAAAACCGCAAACCCAUUACAAAGUCCAAAGCUUUUGUUCUGGGUUUAUCUUGCUCCUCAGGUUUUCUCCUCGCCUCGAUUGCCUUCUUCAUCUUUUGUGUAUGGAGAAGAAAGAAAUUAGCCAGGAGAAACAAAUGGGCGAUUUCCCAACCGGUUCAACUUCCUUUCAAGAUGGACAAAUCAGGGCCGUUCUCGUUCGAAACAGAGUCGGGGACAUCAUGGGUGGCAGAUAUCAAGGAGCCCACUUCAGCUCCAGUGAUUAUGUGCUCCAAGCCAUUGCUGAACCUAACCUUCAAGGACCUGAUCGCCGCCACGUCACACUUCGGCAAGGACUCUCUCCUCGCCGAGGGCAGGUCUGGACCCCUCUACGGUGCCAUCCUCCCAGGUGACCUCCACGUCGCAAUCAAGGUACUAGAACACGCCAGAGACGUUGAUCAUGACGAUGCAGUCGCCUUGUUCGAAGACCUGUCCAGGCUCAAACACCCCAACCUCCUGCCCCUCGCCGGGUACUGUAUGGCAGGGACGGAGAAACUGGUAUUGUACGAGUUCAUGGCCAACGGGGAUUUGCACCGGUGGCUGCACGAGCUUCCGGCGGGGGUGCCUAACGUGGAGGAUUGGAGCACUGACACGUGGGAGAAUCAUAACAUAACCGGGUCCUACUUCUCAUCACCGGAGAAAACCAACUGGAUCACGCGUCACCGUAUUGCUGUCGGGGUUGCUCGGGGUCUCGCUUACCUACAUCACGUCGGCUCCACCCACGGUCACUUGGUGUCGUCCAACAUCCUUCUAUCUGAUAAUCUCGAGCCACGCAUCGCCGACGUCGGGUUUGGAAACAUCGGGCGCCGAAAAGGAGGAGAUGAUGAGGGAAAUAGCCAAAGCGGCGCCGAAUUUGACGUGUAUUGUUUUGGGGUUAUUUUGAUAGAGCUGUUGACGGGAACGCAGGGGACGGAGGAGAGUGUGAAGCGCGUGAGGAAGUUAGUGAAGGAAGGGGUUGGGAUUGAAGCGCUAGACUCGAGGCUGAGACUGGGCGGUGACUCAGUGAAUGGGAUGGUGGAGAGUCUCCGAGUUGGGUACUUGUGUACGGCGGAGUCACCUGGGAAAAGGCCCACUAUGCAGCAGGUUCUUGGUUUGCUCAAAGACAUACAUCCACUACUAGAUCUAAACUGAGCCAAUUGUUUUGCACGCGCUGCUAGUUUGGUGAUGGAAAGUUCUAGAUUUAUUUUUGUAGAGACCGUAUAUCUUGUUGUCUCUCUAUUUUGGAUUUUUAAUUCUUGUUUCUCUCUUUUGUGGUGUACAGGCAAAAAUUAAAAGAAAAUUGGGUGAAAAGGGAAAAAAAGUGAUGUUUCCUUCUUUGAAUGGGGAAGCAAUUAGAGCAGAGAAUCUCACUUAUUGCUUGUCUCUUCUGCUGGAGGCUCCAUCAUCAACCCAUCGGAUCCAACCCUUUGUUUUUUUAAAUCUUUUUUAUUUCUUUAAUAUUUUUUAUAUUAUUCUUUAUAGCCUUUCUUCUUUUUCUUUAUUGUAUUUUACGCUUUAUUCCAUAUU